GGCUGGCCGGCUGACCUUUGUGACUUGGCGAUGGAUGCGGCCAUGGAGAAUGUCCGUCCGAAGCGACGCGACAAUUAGCCUGGCUACCAUCGAUAUAAAUUGGGUGAUUCCCAGCUCUUGAUGGGCGUGUCUUCUGCCUGGCAGCCCUCGUCUUCAGAUCAAGCAACUGUGUGCUGAUCCUCUUCCGCCAUGUACGCCAAGUUCGCGACCCUCGCCGCCCUUGUGGCUGGCGCCGCUGCUCAGAACGCCUGCACUCUGACCGCUGAGAACCACCCCUCGCUGACGUGGUCCAAGUGCACGUCUGGCGGCAGCUGCACCAGCGUCCAGGGUUCCAUCACCAUCGACGCCAACUGGCGGUGGACUCACCGGACCGAUAGCGCCACCAACUGCUACGAGGGCAACAAGUGGGAUACUUCGUACUGCAGCGAUGGUCCUUCUUGCGCCUCCAAGUGCUGCAUCGACGGCGCUGACUACUCGAGCACCUAUGGCAUCACCACGAGCGGUAACUCCCUGAACCUCAAGUUCGUCACCAAGGGCCAGUACUCGACCAACAUCGGCUCGCGUACCUACCUGAUGGAGAGCGACACCAAGUACCAGAUGUUCCAGCUCCUCGGCAACGAGUUCACCUUCGAUGUCGACGUCUCCAACCUCGGCUGCGGCCUCAAUGGCGCCCUCUACUUCGUGUCCAUGGAUGCCGAUGGUGGCAUGUCCAAGUACUCGGGCAACAAGGCAGGUGCCAAGUACGGUACCGGCUACUGUGAUUCUCAGUGCCCCCGCGACCUCAAGUUCAUCAACGGCGAGGCCAACGUAGAGAACUGGCAGAGCUCGACCAACGAUGCCAACGCCGGCACGGGCAAGUACGGCAGCUGCUGCUCCGAGAUGGACGUCUGGGAGGCCAACAACAUGGCCGCCGCCUUCACUCCCCACCCUUGCACCGUGAUCGGCCAGUCGCGCUGCGAGGGCGACUCGUGCGGCGGUACCUACAGCACCGACCGCUAUGCCGGCAUCUGCGACCCCGACGGAUGCGACUUCAACUCGUACCGCCAGGGCAACAAGACCUUCUACGGCAAGGGCAUGACGGUCGACACGACCAAGAAGAUCACGGUCGUCACCCAGUUCCUCAAGAACUCGGCCGGCGAGCUCUCCGAGAUCAAGCGGUUCUACGUCCAGAACGGCAAGGUCAUCCCCAACUCCGAGUCCACCAUCCCGGGCGUCGAGGGCAACUCCAUCACCCAGGACUGGUGCGACCGCCAGAAGGCCGCCUUCGGCGACGUGACCGACUUCCAGGACAAGGGCGGCAUGGUCCAGAUGGGCAAGGCCCUCGCGGGGCCCAUGGUCCUCGUCAUGUCCAUCUGGGACGACCACGCCGUCAACAUGCUCUGGCUCGACUCCACCUGGCCCAUCGACGGCGCCGGCAAGCCGGGCGCCGAGCGCGGUGCCUGCCCCACCACCUCGGGCGUCCCCGCUGAGGUCGAGGCCGAGGCCCCCAACUCCAACGUCAUCUUCUCCAACAUCCGCUUCGGCCCCAUCGGCUCCACCGUCUCCGGCCUGCCCGACGGCGGCAGCGGCAACCCCAACCCGCCCGUCAGCUCGUCCACCCCGGUCCCCUCCUCGUCCACCACAUCCUCCGGUUCCUCCGGCCCGACUGGCGGCACGGGUGUCGCUAAGCACUAUGAGCAAUGCGGAGGAAUCGGGUUCACUGGCCCUACCCAGUGCGAGAGCCCCUACACUUGCACCAAGCUGAAUGACUGGUACUCGCAGUGCCUGUAAACGAACCUCUCUGAAGGAGGUUCUGAGACACGCGCGAUUCUUCUGUAUAUAGUUUUAUUUUUCACUCUGGAGUGCUUCGCUCCACCAGUACAUAAACCUUUUUUUUCACGUAACAAAAUGGCUUCUUUUCAGACCAUGUGAACCAUCUUGAUGCCUUGACCUCU